UAUCCUAUUUGAAGACACUCAACACUGUUUUGCCAUAUUCAAAGGACACAGCUGAGGAGAUUUAUUGUACACUCUUAACUCUCAUCUGGGUUCUUCACUGCCAUGCCCUGCAGUAGCUGUCUGCAGUGACUACAGCCCUGCUUACAGCUCAGAGAGUGUGUGCCUGAGCCUGUCUGCCUGCAGAAAAGCAAGGGUGUGGAUAGGUGUGUUCCUAACAUGACUAACCAACUUUCCUGAAGUCAAUUCUGGGCUCUGCUGCGGAGACUGCAUGGCUUCAGGUGAAGCAGAAGAAGGCGAUGGAGGGAUUCCACUGGACAUCGACAAUGUGCACAUGCUUCUCCAAGUGGAGCAUGAACAGAUUCAGAAAAGGACAUUCACCAACUGGAUAAAUGCUCAACUUGCUAAGGGAAGCCCGCCCUCAUUUGUGUCAGACCUAUUUUGUGAUCUCAGAGAUGGGUCAAAGCUGCUCGACCUGCUGGAGGUGAUGAGUGGCCAGAUGAUGAAAAGACAAAAAGGUCGUGGGGUUUUCCAGCAGAGGGCCAAUAUUGAGACGGCAUUAAAAUUUCUCAAGAAAAAAAAUGUCAAACUGGUGAACAUUAACAUCCCAGAUAUCAUAGAUGGGCGGCCGUCCAUCAUCCUAGGCCUCGUAUGGACCGUCAUACUCCACUGUCACAUUGAGGAGCUGGCCAGUGCGCUCUCCUUUAGCUCGCGUCAUUCCUCCCUCGACUCUCUCUCCAGCCUGGACUCCUGGUCCGGCAGCCCUGUUCCAGCUAGUCCAGUCCCCGCAGGUCGGACAUCACCGCUCCACAGACGUUUCCGUGUAUCUGCCAAGAAGGCCCUGCUCAUGUGGGUCAGGGACCAAUGCAAAAAAGUUCAUUGCUCUGUUAAUGUGAAGGACUUUAAGUCAAGCUGGAGAAGUGGAGAGGUCUUCCUGGCCAUCCUGUCUUCUCUCAGGCCUCAGUUGGUUGAUCUCUCACUGGUCCAAUCCAGAAGCAACCAGGAGAACCUGGAAGAAGCAUUUCACCUUGCUGAGCAAGAGCUGCAUAUACCCCGCCUGCUGGAACCUCAGGAUGUUGAUGUUAGCAGUCCUGAUGAAAAGUCUAUCAUGACCUAUGUGGCCCAAUUUCUGCAAUACUCCAGCGACAUGCCAGCACCUGAUGACCACCUCCAGCUGUUCCCUUUGGCCCAGCCCUCCUUUUGCUCACCUGAGACUCUGCCUGCACACUUUACUCCAGCAAUUGCUGUCUCACCAGUACACGAGGUUUCUCCAAGUGAACGAGCACAGCAAGUGACAUGCUGGCUGGAACAAGCCUAUCAGGAACUGUCAGAUUCAUGGAAGGCUGCAGAGAACUCAAGUUAUGCUGAAAAAUAUCAGGUGCUUCAGAGCCUCGGUGGCUCUUUCACUGAGCAACGGAGACCAGUGAUGACCCUCCUGGCUGCCCUAAGACGCCGCCCUGAGCUGAGUCAGCAGCAGUGUUUUCUCAGGACAGCGUGGGAUCAACUGGAGGAAGAGCUGCAGAGGUGUAAAGCAGACUUGGACCUGAGUCUUCCUCCUCCUCUGGACUCUGUUGUUGCAUGGCUGCAGCGUGCAGAGGCAGGGCUUGCAGAAGACGCAGGGAAAGUGAAAGACCAUUCAGAUGCCGCUAAAGAAGCAAGAGCUCAGCAGGAUAGCCUAAAGAAUAUAAAUAAAGAAAUGGGCCAUUAUGUCAAUAUUCUUGAGACUUAUCACAACAUGGACGACUCGGGGAACAUAGUGGUCCCCCUUGAAAAGUUUGAUGAGAUAAGAAAACGUUUAACCAGCAUUCGGGUCUCAACCAAGUAUCGAGGGAUCAAGCUGGAAUACCAGGAGUCCCGUCACACCAUCCUGGACCUCCUGAGCCAGAUCGGUGCCAAGGUCCAGUCCUGGAAAACACCCUACAGGUCUCAGGAGACCACACAUGUUCUUCUGCAGGACUGGCAUGAAACAAUUGAGCAUCAAGACCUGCUUUUCACUCUGACAAGCGCUCUGCACACCCUGAAGGAGAAGGCGAAUGUUUAUACCAGCAAAGCAGCGCUAAGCGAAAAUUUCCAGCUUGUUACUCGUCAGGUGAAGGAAGCAGAGAGUGAAGUUGAAAUGGUCAAACAGGCUGUGACUGCUACUAGGGGUACCAUGGAGAGAGUUUUGUGUGCAUGGGAGACGUACAACAAAAACCUUGCUUCUCUACAGGCGUGGCUGGCGCAGGAGAAACGAAUUCAGUCCCCAGCUGCAACACAGGAUGUUAGUGAGUGGACUUCACGUCAAGCUCAAUUAAAUGAGGCAGGGAACUAUCUCAUAGAAGUGACGGAAACGUCAGUCAGUCUCAGUCUGGUCGAACAGUUGAGCAAAGUCAACAUUCAGUGGGCUGAAUACAUGAAGAAGGCUAUGUUUGAGGUAUCAUCAGAGCCCUGUAGUGGUGCAUCAUGUCUUCAAAUGGUGCAUUCAAUGACCCAGGAGGCCAGCCUGCUCCUCAGACAGCCACUUGAGGUGGCCUCAGUGCCACUAAAGGCUAUCAGACAGAAAUUACAGUUACUGAGUAAAAAGAUGGCAGAAGUGAACGUGUCAUCUCUUAGCUCUUCUCCCGACUUUCAAACAAGCUACUUUGAAAAGAUCCAGAAAACUCUCCCACAGAUGCUUGUUGAAGCAGAGGGGGCCUGUGGGGAGCUGCAGCAGGCUGCAUCCAGGCUGGAAGGUGGUCUGGCUGAGCUGGAUCAUUGGAGCACUGAUGCGAUGGACUGUUACAAUCACCUAAAGGAAAAAAGUCACAGAGGACACCCUACAAUGGAGCCUACAGCAAAAGGGCUAAUCUCUCGAGGCUUCCAGCUGGCAAACCAGGUUAAAACCGAGGAACAGGAUCUUCAAGGCCUUGUUGCAAUACUACAGAAAACCUCUCCUCUGCAGCACCUCAGCACCUCUAGCCUGAAGGACAGGGUCACAGAAGCAGUCCCCUACUGCCAGGACAUUCUGGGGAUGUUUAGUUCUCUUGGGUAUAAGCAGGAAGUUGGUGAAUUUCCUAAGAAUCAACCAGCCGUUGAAACAAUCUUUCGGACAAAGAAACAGCCUGAGAUUGGGUUAUUAGUUGUGGCCAGAAGCAAACAUGUAGAGAACAUUGGGAACAUCAUGCUCCAAUCUCAGCACUCAAAUCAGCUUUCAGCUUCCACUCCUCAACAAAGGACAAGAGAUCUCCAGGGAAAAUUACAUGAUGAAAAAGAUAUUAUUACACCCAAAAUAGUCACCAGUUACCCACCUGUAACUUAUAUUCAAUCUCAUUUUCUUCAAUCUGCAAAAGAAGCUGAAUCUAAGCUUUUGAUCCAGCCACAGUCAUUUUCUAAAUCACAUCCCCUAGCUUCAAGUUUCAGUGAAAAUGAUCAGCCGCUACCUGCUACGACUCAAACUUCUAUUAAGGGAAAGUUUUCAGAGAGUCCAGUUCCCGCUAAAUAUGGAGGAAGUUUACCUUGCCAAUUUCAAACCAAGCACAAGAACACAGGACCGAGCUCUAUACAGAGCAGUAAACCUCCACAACCACCAGUUAUGGUCCACAGGGAAGUCCAUUCAAAAGCCCAGUCAAUGGCGAGAAGCAGGCUGGAGAAGGCCCGGUUUCGUCUGCAGGGACGCAUCCAGCAAGCGAUGAAGUUAUUUGGUGGCAAAGAGAUUUCAGAGUCGGAAGCCAAGAAGAAACAGAAAGCUUUAAAAAUUCUGCAGCCUGCCAUGCUCGAAGAGUUCCUUUGUGCAGUGGAAGGUUUUGGGGCUUUCUGCUCUGGAUCCCAGCUCCAGGACUUGAUGCUCCUCUCUGACUCAGUGAGAAAUCAGUGGGAGGAUGCACGCAGAGAAAUGGCUGCUUUUAUUCCGAUCUUGUGGUCAAAGAUCAGAGAAGGGAAGCAGUCAUUUUCUGUCGUGCAGUGUGAAACGCAUACUAACACUGUCCACACUGACCAGACUGACGAUGAUUCUUUGCAGCAGCAGCAGGCUGUCACUGAGGGAGCCGCAUCUAUUGAGGAACGUGUUGAAUCCCUCAGAGAGCUGUGCGAAACACUGACGCCAAAGAAAUCCUCCUGCCUCGCUACAGACCAGCUGAGCGAGUCAGAUGAAGUAGAGGAAACACAACCAAGGGAUGCUGCAGUCCCAGCUAACAGCAGGGGACGGCAGCCUGGGGGAGACGCCCCACUGAGCGCGACUGACGUGUCGGCCAACACACAGCCGAGCAACAAUCUCCCACAGAAACAAAGCGAUGACAGCCCACAUGAAGACCUCGCGCCCGUUUCUCAUGUUGUGUCAGUGCAGCCUCAUGGUGAUAUCCUCAAACUGAAAGUUCAGGAAGUCCCAACAGAGAGUGAGGUCCACCUGACAAAAAACAGAGACGGCAGGUCAGAACAAAAUCCAAAGCCUUCACUUCGAGCCAAAGAGCAGCUGCUGAAAGCCCAUCUACUGCACUACGCAGAGAGCAGUCAGCAAAUCCAAACUCAUGCACAGGCAGUUGUUAGGAGCAACACGGUGGAGACCAAGCAGGAAGCACAGUGGACCAUCAUCCCAGAGCCAGCUGCUCCAUCUCAAAAAGAACAUCCCUCUGAACAGGAAGUGCAGGAGAGUUAUAGAAAGCUCUGCUCAGCAUUUAAAUCUCAGCUUCAGGAGAACAAGCUACUUUUGGAGUCAUUUAUCCCAGAUCCAGUCUCUAUCCUUGCCCUGCAGAACCAAAAGAAGCAUCUACAGACCUUGAAAGAAGAGACAGAAGCACUUUGGUUUGAUGUUGAGCUCCAGUAUACCCAGUUUUCCCAGUUUGCCCAGCCGAUGACCAGGGAGGAGGGUUGGAGUGAAGUGGAACGAGAGCAGGGGUAUCUGAAUCAGCAGUGGAGAGAACAACAAGUGUGCCUACAGACCAGAAUGGCAUCUCUGGAGAACAUUGCUGACCUGAUGAAGUCUGCAGAUGACCAGAAGACGCUGAUCACACAACAACUUAACCAGAUAACCGGACAGCCUGUGGAUAUCUGUUCUCUGACUUUGGCUGAUUCAACAAUAUUACAUGAUUUAAAGGAGAUGGACAACAGGCUGCAGGCUGGAAUGAGGAUGCUAACAGAAAAAAGCACCAAAGAGGAAAGUCAGGGGCCAGAAGCCACAUCCGCCUCAUCCCUCUGCAGGGGCCUCCACAUUAGCAUCCAUCAUUUCAAGCAGCUCAGACAGCAACUGGAGAAAGUUCAGUCAACUGUUUGUGCUCUGGAUCACUUCCUGACCACAGUGAGAGAAGUCAAGACUGAGAUCCAAACUGUGCUGGCAAACCAAGACCUGAGCAAGCAGAAACAUGAGGCAGACUGGGAGCAGGAGAAACCUUCAUUGGAUGCAACAAUGCAGAGGUUGCAGGCUGCUACUGAGCAAUCUGAUUCUGUGGACAGUAAUUUAAAGGCAGUGGGGAUUAGCCUGACCAUGGAUGGUGCACUUGCAACAUGUCAGGAUGUGGUGAAAUGCAUCACAGUACAUGUUGUGGAGAUGGAAAAAUGGGGAGCAAAAGCUAUAAUUCUCCCAGAAAAACGGAACAUACAGGACGACGAGAAAUCUAAAACUGUGGAGACAUGUCAGACAAAGUCUGGUAAUGCUUCCCUACAGCAACAGGACAUGCAAGAAGAUCCCACUUCAAGUGAGCCAGAUGAGGAGUCAGGUUUGGAGGCCAAAAGGCGUAAGCUGGAAGGAGAGACUCAAGUGGAGGAAGAGCACAAGACUCAAGCAUGGAGACCUCGAGAAGAUCUCCUAGAAACUAAAGACCAGAGACAAAUGGGAAGAACCACCCAGGUUAAGAAAGACGGAGAAAAAAUGGAGAAUUUGGUUCGGAGGAGAGCAAACCUGUUAGCAACACUGAGGGAGACAAAGAAGGCAGCUGAGGAGCUGAGCCUGCAGGAGCCCACUCUGCCUGCUCUGCAACACAGGACACGUACCUUGACAGAGUUGGAAAGUCACCUCGCUGACCUCCUCUCUGAAGUGCAGUACGUACGAGGUGCAUCGUCACGGUCAGAAAUCCCUGAUGAGAGUCAAAACAGAGAGGUGGAGGAUCUCUGGGAGGAGGCAACAAAGGCUGUAACUCAAAAACUGGAGCAGUGUGGUGUCCUAACAGAGCUGCUGAAGAGGUUUCAGAGCAUUCGUGGUAAGCUGAGCGCGACACUGCAGCGAGCAGAAAGCGCUGUGAGUGAAAAAACCUCCUACAUGGGGAAAGAAAAACUGCAGAGACUACACACUAAGGUCCAGGAAACAAAAGCAGAGCUGAACAGCCUUGGAGAUGGUAUAGAGGAGGUCCGCAGUGUCUGCAGACAGCUUCACACUCACCUACGGCAGAUACCAGAAUGCACAUGCAUCCCAUUUGAGAGCGAAGCUGAUGCUGUCAUGGAUCACUGGCUGGAUUUAUCAGAAAGAACAGAGUCCUGCCUUGAAAACCUACAUCUAGCCUUGACUCUGUGGGACGGGGUCCUUCAGCAGGGGUCAGAAGUGGAGCGCUGGACCAGCGAUAAAGUAGCUGUGUUUGCUCAGUGCCCGUCCUUUCAGUGUGAGGAUGACAUCAAGACACUACAGAAUGAGAUUGUGCUUCAAGAGGAAAGUAUACAGCAUUUCCACCGUAGAGCCACUGAGAUUCAGACACUGCUUCAGAGCGCAGAGUCCCCUCCGGAGCUUCAGGUGGUAGGAACCCAGAUGAGGAAGAAGAUAGAGCAGUUGAAGGAGCUCGUUUCUGAAGCUGAGGAUGUUUACAAGCAGAUGGUGAUUACUAAAGGGCAAAUCACUGGGAGGAUGGAAGAGUGUUUCAACUCCCUGCAGAAGAUUGAAAACUCCCUCCUUACUCUUUGUGGUCCUGAUGUUGCAGACGUGCUUGCAAAACUUAAGGAGUUGUGUCAGCAGCUCCAGUCCCAGGAUGAGCAGGCAGAGAGCUUGUUGGAGGACGUGCAUGUCUUGGCCUCUAUUACAGGUCCAGAUAGCUUACAGAGUCUAUCCGUGGAAGGGAUCCAGCUACAGGAAAAAGUCAGAAAGACCCAUCAGCUCUUCUCUGAAGUAGAAGAACAGACUGAGAGGAAUAUGCGUGAUCUGGACAGGCUGCAAAUAGAGAGGGACCAUCUGGAGCAGUGGCUUCAUGCUGCUGAGGAAAAAACAGCAAAGGAAGAGGAUCAAAGUCUUCUGGAAGAAGAAGCGCUUCAACAAAGGGUGAGGACAGAGCUCCUCAGUCAGCUUGUGUCAUCUUUACAAAGAAGCAACCUUCAGCAGCUGGCGGUGGUGGAGAACAGUAAAAAGCUGUUGGAACGAUACAACAACUCACACAUUAAAAUACAAGGUGACUGUAAGGAGACGCAUUCCUCUCUGAGGGAGGAAAUCGAGGUGUUUCAGGCUUUAUUCAAGUCCACACAAUCAUGGAUCAGUGAUCUGAGACAAGCUGUAGACUCUCCACUUGCUGAAAGCCGCUGGAUUCAGACUCCAUUAGAGCAAAAACUUCACUGUGCUCAAGCAGUGUUGAGUGCCGAGUUAGAGGGGGAGGCUCGCCUGGAAGAGCUCAGAGUUACUGGAGAUGGUCUGUGCCACAGGGUGUUGAAUGAAGAUGACCUGAAGAGGGAAGUUCAGGACACUGUUCAGAGAGCAGAGGAGAAGUGGCGGGAGACUUUGCAGUCAGUUGAACCGUAUUACAGCGCUCUAAAAGCUGAUCCAGAGGUCACUUGUUUUUACCUGGACCAAAGGAGGGAGCUUUGCCACAAAGUGGAAGUGCUGCAGCGCCAAAAAGAUCAGCUUCCCACUUUAUUUCCCUGUCCUGGCACAGCUGAGCGUAAACAAGGAUGCCGUCUUGCCCUUCAACUGCAGGAGGAAACUGAAUCCUUGCAGUUAAUGCUUAGCAGCCUGUCUAAGAGGAGAAAUGAGCUGAUUGAGCAAACCAGAGACAGCAUCUGGAAAGAUUCUUCCUGGGAUCUGCUUUACACCCACUGGUCAACACUGAUGGCAGAACUAAAGGGAGUGUGUUCCCGCCUUGAGGAAGGUGCGAGUAACGAGGAACAAUUUGGCCACUUGCUGCAGCGCUGUUGCCACAAAUUGAUGUCCCUACAGGAAAGGAUAUCAGCCUGUCAAGGCCAGAAAGAAAACUCAGCAGGAACAAACACUGACAUAGCAGCUCUGGAGGUUUUGCUACAAGAAGUAACUGGCACUGAAAAAGAUCUUCUUCAGCUUGUAACUCUCAAGGACUCCAUCACAGUUAGUUUAGCAGCUGAGGCCCAAAUAAGUCUCACCCAACAAGUCAGCAACCUUCAAAACCACAAGAGGGCACUAGAGAGUAAAAUCAGAGAGACUCUGGCACAGCUUCAAGUGAACAGUGAUGAAAGCAUUCAGCGAGUUAAAAAAGAAGCCUUGUAUGUGCAGACAGCUCUUAAAGACCUGGCUGAAGGUGUCUGCAAUCUUUCCAAUACCCAUGAAGCUUUGCCUGUUAUCAGCCAGCUGAAACAACAGUGGUGUAUGAUACAGAGCUGUGAUAGCAGCCUGACAGAGCUGGCAGCAAGAGCUGAAGACCUGCAGAGGGCCAGAGAGUCGACCAGCACACAGGAAGCCCUUCCUGCAGAUAUCAUUUUGACUGUCAGUGCCAUUUCUGAAGACCUUGGCAGCCUCAGGUCUGUUUUUUUGCAAAAGAAGCAGGAUUUUGCAGAAAACACUGCAAACAGAGUGAGAGAGCUCACCAACCAGAUGCAAGAGUGGUGCCAAAGAGUACAAGCUGAACCAUCAACGCAUAGCCAGGGAGCUCUGGAUGAAGGUUUGCAGCUUCAACAAGCACUUUAUAAUGUACUCUCAGAGCAAGAUUUUCUACUUAAUUGCCUGGGAACAAAUGUGGCACAGGAACUGGAGAAAAAUGCUUCAGGUGCACUCACUGAAAGCCAGUCUGCACUUGAAACCCAAUCUAAACACCUGGUCAUUCGCGUUCAUGGCAAUGUGCAACUGGAAAACAAAGAUUUGCCAAGCAGAAGUGAACAAGACAGUCUAAGAAAUGAAAGUGGAGCACCUCAUUUGGCAUCAAGUGAUAAAACUACAGCAGUGGGUCUUACAGCUUCGCCUUUCUCUUGUGCACCACACAGCCAGGAAAACUCUGAAACUAAUCAGAAUGACAACAAAAGUCAAACCAAAGGCACCAAACUUCAUACAGAAGUAUCAGGAGGUUCAAAUGUGGAAGCCGAUGCCACAAAACAAGAACAAGCAGCCGUGGUAAAAACUGAAGAUGAUGCCUUAGCCACAUGUUCAGAAACUCCCAAUGUUUUAAAGACCCAGCUAGAAUCUCACCACUUAACACCACAAGAAUUACACUUGAAGUCUUAUCUUGGGUUAAAAGAUAAUCGUGCACUCAGGGCACUUUCUGGAAAUGACAGAGGGGCAUUAGUGCCAGACUCACAUCCUAUGCUUAACAAAAGCUUAAUAGCUCAGGAAGAAAACACACCAUUGCAGAGUGACACCACCUUCACCGCUGUCUCAGAAUUCUCAGCUGUAGGUGCAGACAACACUAAAGCAAUCGAUUCAGCACACUGUGUCACAUCCUUGAUAGAAUUACGACCAACAAAGCCAGACAACUUCCCCACUACUGCCUCUGAACAUACUGUGUCUAAUCAUCUAGAACCACAAUUGGAGACAUUCAAGGCAAAUACAAAUGCUCAGGGAAAACACUGUAAGGACGAUGGUGUCGUGUUCACUGUUGUAUUGGAUAUGGACCCACAGGACAUACAGCAAAGGGACAAUUCUGGUUUAUGCUCCCAGGAAGCGAGGUUCUCGGAUGAAAAAAACACACAAUAUUCAGGUACAGGAUUCCCAGAGAUGAAAACUGAAGUCUUUAUGACGUCAAACAGUCAGGAAUCAGACAAAGGAUUGCAACAGUGCACAUUUGAAGCACAAUCAGAGACUUGUGAGGCAGCCGCCGAUGUGCAAGAAAAGGAGAAUUUCUCUAAAUGUGUCAAAAGUAGCCCAGCAAAGGUAUUUACCAUAGUGUUAGACAUUGAGCCGCAGCCAUUCGACACGCAGAAACGUGAAAAAGCCAACAGCCCUGAUUUACUCGGAUAUUCACAGGAAACACAGUUUUCUAAUGCUAGGCCUGCAGAGGUUUCCAGCAGAGCAUUUCCUCAGAAUAAGUCAGGGCACUUUACCACAUUAAUUAGUGCUGGAUCAGAUGAGGUUAUCUUCCCAAACUCUUGUACAAGUCCUGAAUCAAACCCCUCGGUGUUAGUGAAUACAGUUUUGGAAGAAGCAAACUGUUCAAGUGCCAAAUUACCAUGCAGAGAAAACCACAAAACCCAUGGUUUAAAGCUUAACAAGGUGUCGAAAUCCUCUAAAUCAUGUUGCGCUGUUGCUGAAUAUCAGCAUGCUGGUGCACAGACAGCAGAAACAACAUUUCCAGAUGUCAAAUUAGAGGAGACAACAGAUUUCUGUGACUCUGGGGAGCAAACAGAGAGCACAGUGGAUGAUUCUGUGGAAAGUGGGGAGGCCUUAAAUGGCACACAUAUAUUUGCUUCUGGCAAGAAACAAGUGACACCUGAUAGCACUGUAUGUAACACAGAAGCAGCAUAUGAGGAGGUGCCAAAGGGAGAAAACACAGAGGAAGCAAAUGAAUUUGAAAGCACAGAAUGUAAAGUUUCAGAAUUGCCAGUAAAACGAGACAUUGCUUCGCUUCCAAAAGACAAAAAUGAGGGGAAGUUGCCUGCAGCACUAGAGGACAUGGGAGUAACACAGGAACAGCGUCAAAUCCCAGAGAGCAUGGAGCCUGAGAGGACGGCCCCGGGUUCACCAGCUGAUCUGGGUUCUAAAGAGACACCAGGUGGACUGGCAAACUCUGGAAAAGAAAAGCACACCAUGCAGGAUAUUUUUUCUGAUAUCCAGAAUGUGGUGGAAAGAAGUAACAUAAUAAAUAGAACACCACAUAUAGAUUUAAACUGGUGUCUGAAGUCUUCUCCUGGUGAACAACAGAUUCAGUUGGUACGAACUGUUCAAAAGAUUCUCGCAUGUCGAUAUCAACCAGCCCAACUCAGUGUCAUAGCUAUGACCAAACAACUGGAGGAAGCAAAGGAGUACCAGCGCACUGUGCAGGAACAAGUUGCUACUUUAAAAAACUCAGGUGCCUCUAAGGCUUGUGAACCAAGUGCCUUAAACAGUGCUGCAGGCCAAUGGAGCGCAGCACUGCUAGAUGCUUCUGCCACAGUGCAGGUCAAAGCAGCACAACUGGAGCAGGUCAAACAGUACCACAAGCAGAUGAAGCUCACCAGAGCUUUUCUGGAGGUUAUAGCCGCUGAGGAGGAAAAAACAAGCUUACACUCUUUGGGAAGCAGUGCACUACAGGCUGAAAAGCUUCAUGUGCUCCUGCAAACAAUGGAACACAAGAAAGCUAUGAUGGAAGGUUUGCUACGCUUAAGUAGACAGUUGUCAGUGCACUUGAGUGACACUGAAAGUUCAGGUGCUCUUCUUGGUCAGCUUGGAAAUGUUCAGGAAGAAUGGCGGCUUCUAAAAGGAAGUAUCAAAAGAGCUCUGCGGCAUGCCUCCAACUCCACCUGUCAAUCCUCCCUUCUUUUGAAAGAAGCCGAACAGCUAAAAGCCAAACUCGAAGCUCUCCAGAAAUCCGACUGUCAAAACCUUAACAGCAAAAGUGCCUUGGAAUGUGUUUGUCUGACCACAGACCUAAAACUGUAUAACCAGCUUUACAUACAUUUACAGUCCCAGUCAGAUGCUCUCAACAAUUUUUCUCUAGGUGAGAAGGAGAAAGAUGAAAUCGAGCAUAGUCUUCAGGAAUUGGCUUCCUUGCUCGGGGUCACCAAAAAGAAACUAGAUUCUGUCACACUUAGCUGUGGUGACAGUUCUCCAACUAAGAUCAACAAACAGCUACGAGACUUGAUUGUAUGGGCUAAGCAGGCAGAAAAUCAUAUCUCUAUUGGGAAAAAGUUAGCUCUUUUCCCAGAGGAGGCUCGUAUUCAGAUUGUCGAAAUGAGGAAAUUUCAGGCUGAUAUUUUAUCUAGACAGUCCAAGAUGAGAGUACAAGUUGACGAGAUGAAAGACUUGGCCUCUAAUAUGGAAAAUGAAGAAAGUGACCAAGUGUUGAGGACAGUAGAAGACCUUUAUGAAGCUAUUGCUGACAGUUUGGAUCUUGUUCUUGACACCAUGGAAAAAGAUCUUAAACAGAGAGAGAAACUGUUAUGCGAGCUUGCUAGCAUGGAUGCCUGGUUAGCAGAAGCGCAUGCUAAAAGAAACCCCUGCGCUCACAUUGAGAAUAUUUCAAAAGUGGACCUCAAAAAGCUAGAGAACGACCUGAAAAGUCAUGAAUUAGCCACAGUGGAUAUAGAGAGCCAGCUAGAACUGGUGGAAGUGAUGUCAGAAAGUUGCAGGAAAAUAGCCAUAGGGUUGAGUCCAGCAGAGAGCCGCUAUCUUGUCAACAGACUUUCAGGCCUUUGGACAGAAUUAGAUGGAUUGCUAGCUCAUGAGAAAGCCACCAGCUGGGAAUUAAAGGAGCUGAUUCAUGAGUGCACUACUUCAGAUGAAGAGUUAUCUUCCAUUCAGGCUAGUUUAAAGCAAAUUUCUGCUGAUCUAGAGCAGCUGAAGAUCCCUUUGACCCAAGAAACCCUUUCAGUGAUUGCACAAUGGAAACACAUGCUAAUGGAGCAUCAAUGUCAAAUCCAGGAGCUUCAGCAUUGCCUGGAGCCCAAGCGAAGCUCUGUUCUGUGUUUUAUCGGGGAACUGGAAGACCAGUUCAAAGCUCUUAGCAUAAGUGCCUUUGAACAAGAAAAGUUUCUGCACCUAAAGACACAAAUGGAGGAAUCUAAAGAUAUUGUCAAAGAGCAAAUCCAGAAUGCCAAAAACAAAGCACUCGGUGUGGAUGAGAGGUUUAAACUAUGCCAAACAGUCCUCGUUGAGAUUCCUUUAGUCAAAACACAAAGUCAAGAAGCAACAGAUCAACUGGAGGUUAUAGCUCAGGAGUUGCACCCAUCUGUUCUUCAUUUAGAGAGGGAAAGGAUUCAUCAUAUAGUUGAUACUUUGGAGUCUUGGGAGACUCUUGGCACAGAUGAUAUCAAAAACCUAGAAGCUCAGCUCCUGCUAGGUUUACAGUUUGACUCAGAGCUUCCUGCUUAUAUAGAACUCUUAGAAAGCACAAGAGUCGAGCUGGAAGGAACUGAACCAGUCAGUCCAGAAGAAACAGCCAUAGAUAUUGCACUACAACGAUACUGGGUCAUUUGGCGAAGUAUGGAGUCUGGGAUGCGAGUUUUGGAAAAUCUGGGACAGAAAGAAAAAACUGACCUGAGGAACUACAAGGAACUAUAUUCACUUCGAGAUUCAGUCAUGCAAGAAUGUCACUCGCAGAUGGUCAUGCUAUCACAAGCUAGAGAUUCCUUGAAAGAUUAUCACUGGGCUGCUCAAGGAGCAAUAGGCUUCCUACACAAUGCUGAGGCAACAUUCUUGUCAGCUACUGGAGGGUUUUUGGAUUGCGCUGAGGAACAAAGACAGACCCAAGAGGCUUUAGAAACUCUUGAAAAAGGUUUUCACGCUCAUAUUUGCCACCUUGUUGAACGGGUACCUCGUGAACCCUGCCUUUCCUUCCCAAAGACCGAGCAGCUCCACAUCAACAUCCUCAGCCAGCUAAUGGUUGGAAGAGCCAUACUGGAGGCCCAGGCGCAGCUCAGGCUUGAGACCUUGCAAAGGUGUGAAUUGAGACAACAAAGUCACCAAAAGUGCUACAAAGACAUUUGUCAACAUCUUUCACAGUUUGAGGAAAGGCUUUCAGAAUGUGCUGCAGAACAUGUGACAUCAUAUGACAAAUGUGUUGCCCAACAAAGAAGAGCUCAGCUUCUGAUGGAAGAUCUUCACGGUCUUGCUGGGAGGAUAGACGACCUGAGAGCUCUUUGUCCAAUGCAGGGUUGUGGGGUUGGAAAGGAUGGUGAGGUUGGUGCCCUCUGGAGGCACUGGUUGUCAUUACUUCGUGAUGUUGGCCUCCUGAUGGUACGCAUAGAGCAGAGAGGAGAGGAGUGGAAAGACAUUACUGCAACCAUGGAGCAGUGCUGCAGCUUUUUAGCCAGACUUCAGGCGGAGGUUCGAGACCCCACCACUGUGAACUUCACUGGAGAGGAUCCACAGGAGCUUCUCGCCCUGGCUGAGAUCCUUCAGACAGGUUUGGAGCAGGAGCAGCAGGACCUGGCCUCCCUGGAGCAUCGACUGGAGCACGCCCUGAGCUUAUCAAGUUCCCCAGGGCCUAUUGGCAAAAAGCUGGUGAAGAUCCAAGAUAAUGUCAGGAGCUUAAAAGAACGAAACCUGCUGGUUGUAGCUGCAGCCCAGGCCGAGGAGAGAGAAAGACGACAAGUUCAAGAAGAGAUGGGACAGAUUCAGAAACACGUGUUUCUCAUUCUUCCGGCACUGGAAGCAUGUUUGAAUCCAAGCGAAAGACAGGAGCUUAGAAAGGAGUUGUCUUCCCAGAAGACCAAGCUUAAGUGCAUCACAGACAGUGUGCAGAGCCGAUACACAGAGGUUCCUGUGGAUAUAGGCAAGCAAAUACAGGAUCUCCAGAUGUCUCUGCAGAGAGCAGAAGAGAAGCUCAUAGAGAACAGCCUCGUUAAGAAGCUGGCUAGCAGAGUGCUGGAGUUGGGUUCUGGCAUGGAGAAGGUGAAAGCAUUACUGGAGCAGAGAAGUCCAACAGUCAGUGAAGCUCAGAAUGUCCUGAAGCAUGUGUGGGAUGAGCUGGAUGCCUGGCACAGCAGCUUGAUGCUCCUGGAGAGCGAGGUGCAGGAUCUUGCAGAAGAGCAGCCGGAUCAAGCCCAGCUUCUUAUUGACCAGCUCACACAACCCCAGCAGCUCUACCAAGAUGCAGCACAGAUGGUUGAGCAGCGUACAACCUUUCUCAGCAAGAUCCCAAAGUGUCUUCAGGAGUUAGAAGAUAUUCUGCACAGCGCCACCCGCUGGUUAGGUGAGGCCCAGUCAUGGCUCAGUGCUCCCUGCUCAUUCACAACAGCAAAAAGCCUCCACAAUCAUGCAAAGUCCCUGCAGCUGGUCCUGGAUGACUCUGAGAUGAUCAGGGGGAACCUGCAGGAUUUCAGGUUGGUGCUGGGUGAAAUCUCUGCGGUGUGUGACAUCAGUGCCCAGGAGGAGAGGCUGGAGCAAAACGACCAACAAGUCCUCAAAAUGCAAGGCAGCAUCCUCGAGCCACUGGAGCAGCUUUUGCAGGCUGUUGUAGUGGUGGAGGACAUGGAAGCUGAACUUAAGACUGUGGAGAAAAAUGUGCUGAAAAUCAGAACAAUUUUGUCCUCCAUGGACGACUCCAAUAUGUCCCUGACAGAACAUUUGCACAACAGACAGGUGAUCCAAGAUAAUUUGUGCUCAAUGCAGAGGAUGUUAGAAGAUCUAGAAAAAUGCAAAGGAGAGCUUCACAUCCCACAAAGAGCAGAAGAAGGACUUCAAGUCUACUCCAAAGCCAGGCUGCUCCUGCAGUCACUCGAGGAGCUGGAACAUCUCACACAGCAACAAGCCUCUCUGCUCGAGAACAAGAUCAGAGAAGAGGAAGAAACAAGUGCGAUUCUUGCAAUCACAACAGGCUCUCAUACUCCUGGACAAAUGCAACAGCUGGACACACAUCUAGUCCAGCAGGGGGCUUUUGAGGUGUCUAACUCAGAGGAAGAGGAAGAUGAGGAUGACGAGAGUUGUCACUCGUCAUCCUCUGACACACUAACAAGCAGUAUUCCAGAGGACCCUGAGGACACGCUCAAGCUUUCAGAAGUGCAAAGGGAGGAUAUGGGAGAACAUAAGCCACCGUCACAUAUGAAGGUCCUGGAGGGUAUGCUUCAUCAGUCUUCUGAAUGUGCAGAAAAGCCUGAGUUAGAUAUCAACUUUGAAUCUGUGACCGCUCAGUCACUAAACACUGCAGCCGUCCCUGCAGCAAAAGGCCAGCUUAAAGCUGCUGCUGUGCACCAGCAUGAUUUACCGAAACACAAAGCCUUUGAUGCUGACCCUCGCACAAACACUCCUCAGGCAGCAGCUGGAGCGGAAGAUACAAGGCUGAUUCCUUCAAGACCGAUAACUCCAUUUGCUGCUGGAAGAGCAUCAGAUGAGCUGAUAGAGGAGGAGAAGCUGUCGCUGUCCACAGCUCCCAAUUCAGAUCUGGAUGUUUUUGAUAGACUGAGGGAGCAAACUGAAGUCAGCACCAGUUGUUUUUUGGGAGGAUCCCAGCAGUUUUCUGUUGAGCCGAUCAGUUUGCCUGGACAUGAAAAUGUUAACCCCAAGCGCCAAAGGUGGAGUCACCUUCAUUCCCAGAUUACUGAAAAAAUUACCACUUUGAAAAAAGUUAAGGAGAACCAUCAAAGCCAGAACAGAGAAGAUGCAGAGAACAGACAAAAGGUUCCAGAUGAGGCGUCGAGGUCAAUUGGAUCUACUUGUGCAGCUCUUCAGCACACACAGGAGGCCAUCACUAUGCUAAGAAAAAUAGUGAGCUCCACUGAUGGUUCUCAUCCAGGUGUGAAAGAGGAGUUUUACGAGGCUAUACAGCAGGUCCUCCUCUGCCUCGAUUCUUUGACUGACCUUCUGUUGCCUUGUGGUGGCACGGUUGAAGAUGAACCUCAGCUGAGGCUGCUGCAGCACGAGUGUAUAUCAGCUGAGCUGGGGACCCUCUCUGAACUGAUGAGUAAAGUAGUGUCAGAAACCAGGCCUCAACUUUCAAAGGAAGAACCAGAUGCUUACAGCUGUUUGACCUGCCUUCAGGAUUGUCUUCAUACAGCUCAGCUGGUCUUGACCUCCUCCCACAAUCAGCUUAUUGAAGAUCCAGGCCUUAAGGACCCUUGCAAGGAGAUCUCCACCAAUCAGCUGUGUCUUCUGGACGAGUUUGAACUUGGGCAGAGUCAAGGCUUUCCAAAUCUAAAGGAUGGUCCCAGUUUGGAGUGUGUGCUGGCCAGACAUCUGAGGGAAAGUCCAGGGGAAAAGGCCAAGAUGCAACACAGUUCUAGGUCCUUGCUUCAGGGGAUAACUCGGCUCCUGGAACUGGGUGAAGAAUGCAUAAGAGAGAGAAAGAUGAGCCAGGUUCACAGCUGCAGCAAACUUCAAGCUGUUCUCUGCACACACAAGAAGCUUCUGCAGGUCCUCAGGUCCCAGAUGGCUUUUGUUCAGUAUCUAUCCCAACAUGAGCCAGAAGCACUCAAGUGUCAAGAGAAUGAACGGGUACACCUGGAAGCCAGGGCCAAAUCACUGCAGCAACAGGCUCUGGAACAGGAAAUGGCUUCUCAAAGGAGACUUCAGGAAUGGACCCGUUGGGAGGAUAAUUGUGGUCGAUUGGGGAGAGUGCUGGAUGAGUCUGAAGCCUUCAUCAGCAGAUGGGAGCCUGAGGGAGAUGAUGAUGAGGAGGAGUUAGUGCAGCACAGACUAGAUGCCUGCCAGCAAACACUGGUCCAGCUGGAUGACAACAAAGCCACUUUAGGAGCAAUUCUGGAUCAGGGUAAGGUGCUGCAGGCAGAGCCCCUGCUUGCUGCAUCAACCCAUCAGACAGGCGGCGCUCUGGAGCUGCGUUGGAGGAAUGCCUACAGGCGAACAGAGAAAGAGAUUCAGCGCUGCAGAGACAUCCAGGACAGCCAAAUCAGAUUCCACUCCAACUUUGACUUGGUGAGUGAAUGGCUGGCUGGUGCCAACAAACACCUGAAGACUUUGUCAGGUCUGGUAAAUCUCUCUGACCUGAGUCAGGAGUGUGUUCAAAGUAAUCUCAUCAAGCUGCUGGAUUUCUCCAUGGAAGUGGAACGUAUGUCUGUACUGAAGACCUCGGCAUCCAAGGAUGCUGCUCAGCUCCUCCAGCUGAGGGAGGCUGACUGCCCUGGACUGAGAAUUCAGCUUACCCAACUAGAGAACAGCUGGAACCAGCUGACCUCUGACAUGUCAAAAACCCAAGACCAGCUGCAACAGUGUCUCCUGGCAGCACAGCCAUCGAUGGAGCUUCUCUCUGAUCUGGAGGACUGGCUCAAACAGAUGAAGAACUGCAUGAACCAGGAGAAAGAAAAAGUCCUCAAGGCCAGCAGUGCAGCUCAGGUCACUGAAAUCCUGCAGAAUUUCCAGGCAUUCAAAGCUGCUGUGACCAAUGGGCAGCUCCUCCUUCAUUUCCUGUGUCAGCCCAGGCCUCAGAUGGCAGACAUCCAGGCAGUCCGCUCUGAGCGUACAACGUUCGCAGAGGAACUCGGUGCCUCCAGGCUGCAGUGGCUGCACUUUCAGAGAGAGCUAGAAAGUCAGAUUUGUGGCGCUGAGCAGAUCCAUCGCACUUGUGCAGAAAGGGAGAGGCGUUUGCAGUGUCUCCACGGCUGGAUAGAGCAGCAGAAGAAGCAGCUGAAUCAGUGGAAACAGCCCACCAGCCAAACUCUGGCUCAUAAGGCUCUGCUGGAGUGGGAGGCUCUUGAGGGUAGAGUGAAGGAAGUGGCUGCAGCUCUACAAGAGUUAAAAACCACACAUGUGUACGAUAAAAGGGAACAGGAGCGCCCAUGUGAUGUUGCCUUUUCUAAUGAGGCAGAGGGCAUCAGUCAUGCUUGCCGGGAUCUUAGUCAAGAGAUCAAAGCUCUGAGACCUGCGCUUCAACAGGUUGUGGAAAAGUGGAGUUGUUUCCACAGAGAUCUGAGGGAUGUGACUCUGCACACCACCAGGGUGCGCUGUGCCUUUCAGCAUCAACAAGCUCCUCUCUUCUUGCUGAAGCAGGCAGAGGGAUACGUGGACUUCCUCCUGCAACUCCAGGAGGAGGCUGGAAAAGGAGAAGCACUUUGGGCAGCUGUGAACAAAUCCUGUCAGAGUCUUGUAGGGUCUCUCCAUCAUGGAGCGGCACAGGCACUACGUGAUGAAGUGGAAGGAGAACAAAAACGGUGGCAGAACACAGUGCAGGAGAUAAAGGAGGAAAACAUAAAGACAGAAGAGACGCUUUUGGUCUGGCAGGAAUACACUCGUCUCUCUUGUAGCUGCUCUGCACAGCAGAAACACCUGCAGCAUGAGUGGGAGGAGCUAUCAAGGUCAUCACUUUCAGCUGGACACAACACUCAAGCCAUAGAUGGCUCAGUAAAGAAGUUGCAGGGUGCUGCUGAAGAGCUGCAAAGCAUCAUGGGAGAUGUCUUAGCAGCAUCCAAGCCUCUUAUUGGCCAGCUAGAACCACUACCUGCAAAUUUAAUAAGAUCAGAAACCAGACUGCUGUCGCGUGGCAUCCUGUUGCUAAACAAGGCAAUUGCAGAGAAAAAGAGGAGUGUUGAGGAGGAUUUAGAGCAACGUAAACUAUUUCACGCCCAACUGGAGGUGUUCAAAAAGCAGAUGCAGGACUUACAGCAGAAACUAAAGGCCGGCAAAGAUAACACAGACUCUGUAAAGCAGGUACUCCAGGAGCUCUGUGGUCUGUUUCCAUCAUUGCUGGACAUCAGAGACAUGAGUGGCCACGUGAAUCUUAACAAACAGGAGUCAGAGAGACUGCACGUACUUAUCAGGGAGUGGGUCGAAGUCAUGACUCGUUCAUCAGACAGAGAACUGCAGGAUGAGUGCCAGCGUUCCCUGAGUUUUCAGGAAAAGAGUGGAAGAUUGACACAGAUCAAGGAGAAACUGGAGCAGGAAGCAGUGUGCAGAAAAAACCCGAGUUAUCCAAGCCUUCAAGAGAUGCUGAUUGUCCAUCAGAGACUUCAGGCUGACAUAAUUGUUGGACAUCAGCUUCUGCAGCAUCUUCUCUGUGAUGCAAUCAAAUCCAUGGAAAAAGAAACAGGAGAGAAAAGAUCUGAGCUCACGGCACAAGUGGUCAGUUUAAAGAAUGGCUGGUUCAGCUCCGUGGCUCUGGCUGGUCAAAGCCGGACCUUAACAAAGGAACAGCUGCACCAAUGGAGAAUCUACAAGAAUGGUUUGAAACAUCUGUGGAAGUUGUUGAGGGACGCUGACUCUUUGCUGCCCCCAACUGGACGCUUUCUCUGUGCAGUGGAUCAGCUGCAGAACUGUGUCGAUGAUUACCAGUGUGUCACAGAGUCUCUGGAUCAGCACUCCACUGUGUACACCCAGACACUGAAGGCUGGAAAACAUCUGUGUGAAACAAUGAAGGACUCAGAGUGUUACAGUCGACUGCAGUCAGAGUUUCAGGCCAUAGAUGAAGCCUGGCAACGAACCACAUCACUACUGAGGGAAAGAAGAGACAUGCUUUACACCACUGUUGAGAUGUGGUCUCGGUGUCAGGAUGGAAUCAGCAACAUCGUGUCUGAAAUGCACGAGUUAAAGAUGAAACAACAGACGUGUGAAAGACCGGAGGACUCCGCUCUUAUCCAGGAGACUGAGCUCUCUCUGCAGCAUUUGGCCAUCGGAUUGAAGGAACUGGCCAACAUGAAGACGGACCUGUCCCAGUAUGUCACGGCCAGUGACUCGGCUCUGCUGGAGAAGCAGCUGGAGCAACUCCACAGUCAGUGGGAAGAGCUGUGUAUGAAGGUGUCAUCGCGCAAGCAGGAAAUCGCAGAUCGUCUCAAUGCGUGGACCAUCUUCAAUGACAAAAACAAGGAGUUCUGUGAUUGGCUGACUCAGAUGGAGCACAAAGUGUGCCACCGGGGAGAGCUGAGCAUCAAAGAAAUGGUGGAGAAACUAAAGAAGGACUGUAUGGAGGAAAUUAACUUGUUUAGUGAGAAUAAAAGCCACCUGAAACAGCUGGGAGAGCAGCUGCUCUUAGCCAGCGACGAGGCCAAGCAGGCACAGGUCCACGAGUCGCUGCAGGAAGUCAACCAGCGCUGGCACAACCUCUUCCACCAAAUCGAAGCCAGGGUGAAGAAGCUGAAGGAAACUCUGGUGACGAUCCAGCAGUUGGAUAAAAACAUGAGUAACCUCCGCUCAUGGCUUUCUCGCAUCGAGGCCGAGCUGUCGAGACCCAUCACCUACAGCGUCUGUCACGAACAGGAGAUCCAAAGGAGGCUGGCAGAGCAGCAGGAGCUGCAGAGGGACAUUGAGAAGCACACGGAGGGCGUAGCAUCCGUGCUCAGUCUGUGCGAUGUGUUGCUGCGGGAUGAAGAUGCUACUGGUGGCACUGAGGCGGAGAGCGACUCCUUGCAGGAGACCAGCCGCAGCCUGGACCAGCGCUGGAGGACCAUCUGUGCUAUGGCUCUGAAUCGAAAGCUCAGGAUUGAGGAGACGUGGACACUCUGGUGUAAGUUUCUCAAUGACUACUCCCGAUUUGAGGAUUGGCUCAAGAUGGCUGAGCGAACCGCUGCCAACCCCAACUCAGCUGAUGUCCUUUUUGCUGUCGCCAAAGAGGAGCUCAAGAAGUUUGAGGGUUUCCAAAGGCAGGUUCAUGAGCGACUGACCCAGCUGGAGCUGGUCAACAAUCAGUACCGCCGGCUGGCCAGGGAAAACCGCACCGACCGAGCCAGCCAGCUCAAAGCAAUGGUCCAUGAAGGCAACCGGCGGUGGGAUACACUGCACCGAAGAGUGGCUGCCAUCCUCCGCAGGCUCAAGUAUUUCACCAGUCAGAGGGAGGAAUUUGAAGGGACCAGGGAAAGUUUGCUGGUGUGGCUGACCAACCUCGAUCUGCAGCUCACCAACGUUGAGCACUUUUCAGAGAGCGAUGUCCAUCAGAAGAUACGGCAGCUCAAUAGUUUCCAGAAGGAGAUCACCCUGAACACUGAGCGCAUUGAUGGACUGAUUGUGUUUGGAGAGGGCCUGAUCCAGAAGAGCUCACCGCAGGAUGCGGCGAAGAUAGAGGAGGAGCUGGAGGAGCUGCACUCCUACUGCCAGGAAGUUUUCAGGAGACUGGUCCGCUUCCAUCAGCGCCUCAGCCAACCCCCUAUCACAGAAGAACCAGAGAUCCCCUCUACCACCUUUUCCCUGGAAUCAAGCUUGGAGCUGAUUGGCCGACCGUGGCUUGGGCGUAGCUUUGGAAGCCUUCCAGCCACACCCACUCUCCUGCUGUCCUCACCCCUGGUGCGUUCAGGGCGGGAGACACCGGAUUCACUGGCUUUGGAGUGGGACCACACCGUAGACGUAGGAGGGUCAUCAUCACAUGAGGAUGAUGAGGAAGAGGAAGAGAACGAGGAAGAGGGAGCUUACUUCAGUGCGCUGUCAGAGGUGGAGUUGACUGAGACCCUGGAGGAAUUUAUCGAAGCCUCAGAGGCCCCGCUCGCCUCGUCACUGGCAUCAAGCAGGUCGGUGGCUGUACAAGACUCUCCGAGAUGGCAGGCACUGGGAGACAGAGAAACUGAGUCUGAUACAGAGGGACACACUGAGGCCACACCCACUCUGACCAGUACCCCUCUAAAGCCGGGAUAUCUGAGUCUCAUGUCUGAGUGCAGCAGGAGCAUAGAGAGCAUCAACAGAGUGUCGCUGAUCCUGGAUGACGUGGAGCAGCCGGAGGAGUUCGGUCUCAUGGGACUGAGUGCCUCAGACAAACAGUCAGGUGUGAUUGAACGCUGGGAGUUGCUCAAGGCACGGUCCAGAUGCAGUGAGCGUGACAGCUCUGAGGAGCCUCAGCAGCUCAGGUGUGAUCUCGACAACAUUACUUCCUGGUUAAAAAAUGUGAUCCCGGAGCUGGACCGCCUUCAGGAGCCUGACCCAGCAGCCUGUAUUGAGGAGAUGGAGGCCAGAGCUAAAGAACUAAAGGAGAUGCAGAAAGUGUUUACUCACUACAAGUCUAUCAUGCUGUCAGUCAACCUGCGAAGUGAGGAAGCUCCAGAAGCACAGGAGAGACUGACGAGUAUGAACAGAGACUGGAGCAGAGCGUGUACUGGCCUCCAGCAGUGGGACCUCAGCCUGAGGAAGAAGCUCAUGCAGUGCCAGGACUUUCAUGAAAGCCUCCACUCUUUGCUGCUGUGGCUCGCUCACGCAGAGAGCAGACGCUACGCAGUGGACAUCGGCCACCCAGACACGACUCUCACAGCGCUGCAACAGCACAGCAACACCCUCACUGCUCUGCAAAAGGAGCUGCAGGACAGGCAGGCUCAUCAGGCCUCCCUUCAGACUCUGUGGUCUCAACUCCAGCCUGAAGACGGCACAGAGGAGAGCAACGAGGCCCGGGAGAAACUCCACGUGACGGGGAGCAAGCUGAAGCUGCUCCUGAAGCAGGUGGACGGCGACCUCAGCAACCUGCGGCAACGUCUGGACUGUGAAUCUGCUACAGCCGCCCAGUGUCAAAGUGUUUCUCAGGAGGCUGGAAAUUCAAAGAAAGGCUCCUCCACUCAAAGAGAGAAGCGGGAAUCGUCUCCCCCUCGAUCCUUCUUCUACCGGGCCCUGCGUGCCGCCUUCCCUCUUCAGCUCCUGCUACUGCUCCUCCUGCUCCUGCCCUGCCUGAUUCCAAUGUCGGAAAGUGACUCCAGCUGCACCCUUACCAAUAACUUCGCCCGGUCCUUCUACCCCAUGUUGCAUUACACCAACGGCCCACCGCCCACUUGAUUGUAAUAUUCAUGCGAUAAUAGAAACUUUCUAAAGGAAACGGAUGAACGUAUGUCACCAUGCUGUCAUGUUCAGUUUCCCGAAGACUGAAAACUGUAAAGAUUUGCCAGCAGCUCUUUUGUCUUUCCAUCAAGAAAAAACUCACCAUGCCAAAAAAACCCCCCCAGGUUUUAACAUCAUUCAGGAAAUCAAUCACUUUUGCCACUCGGAGACCACCGACCAUCCUCCAACACAAGGAUUAUCAUCAGAUGAGGGACGAGUCACCGAAUCUAUUUCUAGUGAGGUACAGUAAUUAUCCUAUUAAUUAGGUAAGAACACGUAAAUCACAGCAUUAAAAAAAAGAAAAGCUACGUAUUAUGAAUAAUGAUUCAUUCGACAGAUGACGAAGCCACAGUGGAUUUUCAAACUCAGUCUGAAAAGUGAAGCAAGUGCACAAGUGCCUUAAACCUGAAUCGUUUCUAAUGGUGGCAAAAAAAAGUCAGGUUAUAUAGAAGUGCAUGAGAAAACGACCCUACGUCUUAUUGAGUGGCGAUCUCAGUAAACACUUUUCUGAUGAGUUUCAUUUGUUUUCAUUUUGUUUUCAUUUUUUUAAUAGAACAUGAUGCUCAUUGUGUACAGAAAGGCCCAACUAAAGUACAGAUUAGGGCAGUGUCACUGACAAGUGGCUACCAUAUGACGAUUCAUCAUCCUCCACUUCAAAACACCAAGAAAAAGUAAGCAAUAGGGUGGCUACAGCCAUCAUUUACAUACAGUUUGAUUUUUCACCGACUAAACUGUUUUUUUUGUUUAUUUUUUAAUCCAGCCAGACACUGAACUCUUGUGUUUUUAAGAUUUGCAUGUUUAUAUUUCAUUUACUUCAUGAACUCUUCACAUUUCAUUUAAUGUUUUCCUGCCUGCUCGACUGAACUCUGCAGAACAGCGCUGAUUAAAUUUGAAUGUAUUUGAUAAAAAGCCAGCUGAAAGUCUUUUUUAAAAAAAAAAGAAAAAACACAUUCUUGUAUACUGAGUUUUUUAGAUGUGAUUUUGUCUUGACUAGAUUGUGAGUGGACAUUUCCACGCCUCCUUGCACUGUUGAAACACUGUAGAUUCAGCAUGAUGUUUAUGUACAUAAAGCAAUAAUAUAAUGCUUAUUUAUAACUUGAAAGGUGGAUUUAUAAUCAUUUUUUUGUUCCUCUAGUAAAUGUUGACUGAUUUAAACAAA